CAGAACACAGGGGCGCUUGUCACGAAUGACUGGAUAUUGCUGGUUUGUCUCUAGUUGGGAGGGAAAAGGGGGCACUGGAGGAGAGAGAAGACCAAGGGAGGACAUAGGAUACUAUUCUCUAUAGGAUCAUUGUAUAUGUCAUCCUCCCGCUGGAUAAUAUCGGAGUAUAUGACAAGGUACAUAGAUAUAUAGAAGGUUGAAGAAAGACAUAGGUCCAUCAAGUCUUCUCUUCAAGCUUCAGAGACCCUACGAUUGAGGUCAAAUCCGAAAGCUAUUCACCAUUGGUGUCCAAAAAUUUGAUUUUGGGUUACAGGCUAGGGACCUAUUUUAUGAGUCCGGUCUUUAGACGUAGGAUCCAAGAGCGGGGUGUUAGGUGGAUGAGGUGAGCUCAACAGGUUAGAUCCACCUAAGAAGAUGUCUCCUCUAUGGACACUGAUCUCCAUAUGUCUCUUCUCCCUCUGCACCUCCGCCGUCCCUCGUAUUUCCCGUCGUCAGGCAUCUAACUGCCCACGGUUGUGUGAGCUAUCUCGAUGCCCGCGUCCACAGUCACCCUGCCAGGCGGGGGAGGUGAGAGACUCAUGCGGUUGCUGUCCGGUAUGUGGGGCAAGUGAGGGAGAGUCCUGUGGUCAUCGUGGGGGAUCCCCAUGCGGAGAAGGUCUGGAGUGUGUAUUACCUGGCGUAGGAGGCACGGCCAGGAGAAGAAUAGGUGUUUGUGUCUGUAGUACCAGCGAACCAGUCUGUGGAAGUGAUGGGAAGACCUACAGGAACCUGUGCCACCUGAAGGCCGAGAACAGAAGGGCAAGACUGCAAAAUUCUCCACCAGCCAUUCAUAUCCAGAAGGGGCCCUGUGAUACUGGUUCACGUUACCCUGACAGCCUGAGAUACAAGUUUAAUUUCAUAGCUGACGUGGUGCAGAAGAUCGCUCCAGCUGUUGUCCAUCUGGAACUUUUUAGAAGGUCACCAUUUACUGGCCAGGAGAUGCCUGUUUCCAGUGGCUCAGGAUUUAUUGUGUCUGAAGAUGGACUCAUUGUGACAAAUGCCCAUGUCCUUACUAACAAGCAGAGGAUUAAAGUAGAAGUAAAAGAUGGGGCUCAUUAUGAUGCCAAGAUCAAGGACAUUGACCAGAAGUUGGAUAUAGCACUAAUUAAGAUUGACCCUGAUGCACCUCUUCCAGUUCUCAUGCUGGGCCGAUCAUCUGACUUACGACCCGGAGAAUUUGUGGUGGCUUUGGGCAGCCCAUUCUCUCUACAGAACACCGUCACCACCGGUAUUAUCAGCACAACCCAACGAGGAGGGAAGGAGCUAGGUCUGAAGGAUUCUGACAUGGAUUACAUCCAGACAGACGCCAUCAUUAAUUAUGGAAAUUCUGGAGGACCUUUGGUGAAUCUGGAUGGCGAGGUCAUUGGCAUAAACACAUUGAAGGUGACAGCAGGGAUAUCAUUUGCUAUUCCCUCCGACAGAAUAAGACAAUUCAUGGCUGAAUCACAUGACCGUCAGCUAAAGGGAAAGUCCAUUUCAAGAAAGAAAUACAUGGGGGUGAGGAUGUUACAGCUGUCUUCCAGUCUUAUCCGUGAACUCAAGAUGAGAGAUAAAGAUUUCCCUGAUGUUAACGCAGGAGUGUACGUGUUUGAGGUCAUCCCAGGAACUGCAGCCGCAAGUGCUGGUAUGAAGGACCAUGAUGUCAUCAUCAGCAUUAAUGGGAGAACAGUGAGCACCACAGAAGACGUGAGCGAAGCCGUGAAGAUCAGUGAAACGCUAUCCAUUGUGGUACGACGGGGCAAUGAAGAUAUCAUCCUUAACAUAGUGCCGGAAGAGAUGGGCUAGAACCACAACGGACAGAUGUUCUAAUCCGUCAGUGCCUCGCGGAACAGAAAUUUAUGCUUGGAUAUCACCAGUCGGCUCCAGUUUUGAGUUUCCAUUUUAUGGCAACGUCCUUGUUCUAAACACCCACUGGCUGUAGGGGAGGAUCAUUAUCCCAUAGGCACAAAUA